AUGGAAUUUAUUAUUAUUUACUUACUAUGUUACUUAGCGUCAUUUCGGUGUUUGGUAGAAGCACAUCAUCAAGAACAUAAUGUUACAUUAUUUGUAAGAGAUAGAUUGCCUGGGUCACGCAAUUGUAAGUUUAUUGCAAUAGGAGCAAAUGAUUUUCAGACAACCUACUUAUAUUCUUCAGCAAUUAGCUACUGGGAAUCUCUAUAUUCCAAUAUAAAAACAAAUAUGAAGGAAAAAACAGUAGUUUCUUAUACAUUAAUUGAUGAAUGUUACGAUAAGUACUGUCAAGAGGUUGUUGUAGUAUUGUCAAGCAAUGGAAUUAAGAACUAUCAAAUCAAGACACAAAAGUUUUCUAGAAAUGUUACAGGCCAUACUUUUUCCCAGUUAGUGAAACCUGCCUAUCUUGCAUCUAGUUAUACAGAUCAGUCAACGACACUACCAGCGUCGAAGCAUUUAAUUUCUUCUCUUUUAAAUUAUAUGCUAAGAAACAUUAUGGAUUUGCGUCUAUAUGUACAAAACUCGUCGUUCAUCCGGCACUUUACUUCUGGUUACUCGUUGGAAAUUGACAACGUUAUACUAAACCAAUAUCCAGGUUGGAUGUUAUUUAUUUCAAGAAUUGAUGCUCAAAAAAGCGAUCCCAAUAUCCUACCGUUUAAAGAACUGGCCUGUGUAGCAAAAAUAGAGAUUGAAGCAAAGAAUAACUCUUAUAAAUCCGCAAUGUGUGUUCACGCGCAGAAUAGUAAUGGUCUGAACUUGAAUAUGAGACUAGUGAAAGAAAACUCCGGCACUGCAGCACACCCUUGGAGUUUACCAUGUCCCACUAUAGACAAUAGACGGGAUCUAGCUUUGAAAUGCUGGACUUGA